CUUUUGUGUUUAGUUUGAUAUCUUGCUUUGUCAAGAAAGGCCACCAUGAGAGAGAAUAUAUCUUCUGUGUUAAUUUGUGUGUUUUUAUUUUUUAACAUUUCAACAUGUACAGCUACCACUGCCGCGGCCGAUUGGUGGGAAGAUUCAUCCCUUUACCAAAUUUACCCCAGAUCAUGGAAGGACAGUGAUGGGGACGGAAUUGGAGAUCUUAACGGCAUAACAGAAAAGCUGGAAUAUCUUAAGGAAAUUGGAAUAACUGCAACAUGGCUGUCACCAAUUUUUAAAUCCCCUAUGUCCGAUUUUGGUUACGACAUUUCUAAUUUUUACGAAGUCGAUCCUAUAUUCGGGUCUUUGGAUGAUUUUGAUAAAUUGAUCAAAAAAGCUAAAAAGAUAGGGAUCAAGAUUAUUUUAGAUUUCGUUCCAAAUCAUUCAAGUGAUGAGUGUGAAUGGUUUCAGAAGUCAGUAGAACGCAAGGACGGAUAUGAUGACUUUUAUGUAUGGGAAAACGGACUAGACGAUCCAAAUAAUCCUGGAAAGAAGCUUCCCCCAUCAAAUUGGGUAAGCAUUUUUGGCGGAAAGAUGUGGACGUGGAAUGAUAAGCGUCAACAGUUUUAUUUGCAUCAAUUUCAAGUAAAACAGCCAGAUUUAAACUAUAAAAAUACCAAAGUACGGGAGGAAAUGAUUAAAGUUCUGAAAUUCUGGUUAGAUCGUGGUGUCGAUGGUUUUCGUAUAGAUGCUGUUCCUCAUAUUUUUGAGAAAGUAAAUGCUGACGGAACAUAUCCAGAUGAGCCACUUAGCGGCUCCACUUCUGAUCCUGAAAAAUAUGAAUAUUUGGACCAUAUUUACACCAAAGAUCAAUAUGAAACAGUAGAGCUCUUAUAUGAAUGGAGAUCUUACUUAAAUAAAUAUCAAGAGGAAAACGGUGGAGAAACACGAAUUCUGCUAGCAGAAGCUUAUUCUCCAAUCAAUGUUAUUGACCAGUACUUUGGGAAUGGAACACAUUUUGGGGCGCAUUUACCAUUCAACUUUAAUUUAAUGGGACUGAGAGGUUCUUCUAAUGCCCGUGACCUGGAAACAUCGAUCAAAAAUUGGAUGGAUGUCAUGUGGAAUAAGCACAAAACAGCAAAUUGGGUGCUUGGCAAUCAUGACAAUAAUAGGAUAGCUUAUAAUUUUGGUAAGGAAAAGGUGGACUUAGUCAAUGUAAUAAUAACUGCUCUUCCCGGUGCAACUGUAACGUAUUACGGUGAAGAAAUCGGGAUGUCAAAUGUGGAAACACAAUGCACAGAAAUAUCUUGUGACAGUCGAGAUCCUGAGCGGACUCCAUUUCAGUGGACUGAUGGAAAAUCUGCUGGAUUCUCUUCUUCCUCAAAAACUUGGUUACCAAUAUCUGAUGACUAUAAGAAAGUCAACGUUAAAGUGCAGCGAGGAGCAGAUCGAAGCACGUUAAAUAUUUUCAAGGAAUUGCAGAAACUAAAACGAUCUCCAGCUUACAAAGCGUUUAAGGAUAAUGGAGGAUGGAGUUAUGGAGCAAUUAAUGAUCAAGUAUUUCAAGUUAUAAGAUCAUCGCCACAGGAUGAAUAUCGAAUCUUAGUCAACUUUGGCGAUAAACUGGAAGAAAUUGGACCUUUAAGUAAUUCUAUUGAAGAUAAUGAAAAUAUUAUGGAGUACUUUUUGCUUACUAGUCAUUCUCCUCAUCGUAGAGGCGAAAAGGUUAAUUUGAAAAGCAUUUAUAUGAUGCCAUUCGAAGCUGUUGUCCUGAAAAGAAUUAUAAAAAAAUAAAUAAAUAAUAACAAAAAUGUAACUGAUAUUAUGACCUGUGACCAAAAAUUUAUAAACAGAAGUAAAAUAUAGUGAUUUUUUUUCUUUAAA